AUGCUUAUGCUACCAUUUCACAACUAACUUUUAGCAACAUCAGGAUGAAUGAAGUUAUACUAUCAAUUGCUGUCUGCAGUUUGAUUUUAUACCAGAUUGUGUCUUGUGAUGACGUAGUAAAUGGCAUGGUUCUGAUAAUUCCUCAACACAAACUGGUUCUGGGAAGAACGAAGGAGAAUUUUGAUUCAAAAAAAGAUUGGAAAAAGCUUGACGUAAAACCAUUCCUAAUCAGUGAAACUCCCAUCACAAAUACACAGUUCUCAAAAUUUGUUUCUAAACAGAAAUUCAAAACAGAGGCAGAAGUAUUUAAGUGGAGCUUUGUAUUUGAAAAGUUUGUGUCAGAUGAUAUUAAGGAAGAGAUAAGCAACUCUGUAAAAGGAGCAGAAUGGUGGCUACCAGUGGAGGGAGCAUACUGGAAACAUCCCUCAGGACCUGGUUCUUCAGCUGGCAGGAAGCCAGACCACCCUGCCGUUCACAUAUCAUUUAACGAUGCAGUGGAGUAUUGUCAAGCUCAGGGAGCGAGGUUACCCUCUGAACCAGAGUGGGAGUUUGCUGCUCGUGGAGGCAUGAGAGAUCAGCAAUAUCCGUGGGGUAAUGGAUACGAGAAGAACAGAAUGAACAUUUGGCAGGGAAAGUUCCCGAAAGAAAACAAAGGAAAGGACGGUUAUAUUGGUGUUGCUCCCGUUAAAGCUUUCAAACCCCAAAACCCAUUCGGGAUAUACGAUAUGAUAGGAAAUACGUGGGAGUGGACUAGUACAGUGUUUGGUGUUGACUCUCAGACCCGCAUGCCUCAGUAUACCCUCCGUGGAGGUAGUUAUGUGGACUCAGUGGACGGCAAGUUCAACCACAGAGCAGAUGUUACUACCAGGAUGGGAAACACAGCGGACGCUGGGUCGGACAAUAUUGGGUUUAGAUGUGCUAGAGACGCAACUCGAAAAGACAUGGAUGACCGUAAAACUGGCAAACAAGAACUUUAAUUUCAGUGUUUGAUUCAACGGGGAUAUUUGUAGUUAAAUUAGUAAUUUAUUGAUAAUAUAUUUAAUUUGUGUACUGAUCUCUGACUGACUUGGCACAAUUUGUUUGGUAAUUAAACAUUUCGAGAAAUGAGGAAAUAAUAUUGGUUUACAAAUUUGACUUGUUUUAUUGUAGUAUGUUUGCCACAUUGCUCAGAUUUUAUAUGUUAAAUUAAAACCUCCUUUAUUUUUUAAUUGGAUCGAAAUUCAAUAAAUAUUAAUUUAUUACAGUACAAUUUCAUGACACAUUAUGAUGGUAUUUCUGUGACGAAGUGUAAGCAGAUCACUUCAACCAAUGCAUGAAGUUGUAUGAGUUCUUCGUUAGAUACGGGUUUUCAAUAUUGUUUGUGUAUUCUUUCAAUCUGAUUGAUUCUGAUUUAUUUCUAUUGUCACUGUAAUAAUAAGUUCUUUAUGUUUAUGAA